AUGAUGACAAGCGCCAAUUUUAUUCUUAUCGCUGCCAUUAUAAUGGCCAUUCAAUACAAUGCAUCCGGUCUCACGUGCUACCAUUGCGAAUUCGGUAGAGAAGGCUGUGGUUCAUCAUUCAAUGCCAAAGGCGCUGGCGUUAUCCAACUCACUUCAUCCUCGUACGGAUAUUGUGUGAAACAAGUCUAUGCGAGUAAUACGAAUGCGAUUAGCCGAGACGGGACAAGCAAUUCGGCAUGCUCGGCAGGAACGAUAAGUGUAGCAGCCGUUACAUCAGGUAGUAUUCAAGAUGGCUCCACUGUUUAUUGUUGUUCAACUGAUUAUUGUAAUGGCGCUUCGACAAAAACGACAAGUUUUAUGCUCGGAUUGAUUAGCGUCAUACUUUGCUUAUUUUUUCUUCGCAAAUGA